AUGCAUUCGUCAUAUAGUGGAACCCGGGUGAAUUGCACUGUGUGGGCUGAUCUUGCAAAGGCCUUUGAUACACAGAUAAAGGAAUACCAAGAUACUGUUUUCGUUUGUGUAAUACGAUUUGCAUGCUUGAAGGAGUGGAAAGGGAACAAUAGUAUUUUCAGUGCGUUCAACUCUACCGACAUUAUGAUAAAUCCAGUUAUGCCUGAAGUGGACGAGUUUCGAAAAAAGUUGCCCACUGAUGCUAUUGAUUUAGUACAACUUGAUGAUGAACCAAGCCCUCAAAAAUCAAAGGUGACAUUAUAUGAGGAGUUUUUUAUUAUUAACGAAAAGAGUACUAUGGACCAAAUCGUUUGUGCACUUGAGACGCGAACAUGUGUGACAAUCGCCAAAAUUUCUUCUGUUGAAGUGUUGCCUAAAUGUUGUGGAGUUUGUGAUGUUGAUGUUACGGAUGUUGAUUACAAUUCACAAAAGAUUAAACUGCUCUUCUUUGACGGUCUUGCUCAACUAUUUAUUGGAAAAAAGGCUGAAGAACUGGCUUUGGAAAAAUCAAAAGAGGAUAUUACAGCUAUUCCUGAAUCUCUUUCUGUCUUAGUAUGGAAGACUAUGCUGUUUAAAAUUUCGAUUACAAGCGAUAAUUUAAAGAGCGACAAGUCUGCUUAUGCUGUCGAAAAGUUUUGGGAAAAGGAUGACAUGGUUGUUCAAUUUGGCAAGGAACUCUUUGGAAGGAAUGAACUUUCAAAUAUUUCCUCGGAUACAAACGAUCAUAAGUUGCAAAUCGCACCAGCUGAAACGAGUUUGUCUUCAUCUAAGAGAGAUCAUACAGAAAGCGAUGUUGUGUCGAACGGGGGUCAUAGCAUGAAGACAAGGAAAAAGAUCAAAACUGAACCCAGAGACUAA